CGAGCUGGGGCAGUGCUUGGGCGAAGGGCCGGAGCGGGCUUAGCUGGUACCAGGAUGGCGGCGGCCCUGGCGUGGGUCCUGGCGGCGCCUGGUGCGAGUUCCUGAGCUGCUACCAGGCAGGUGACACUUCCUGUAGCCCCCAGCAUGCGGGCAGGACUGGGUCCCAUCAUCACACUGGCCCUAGUGCUGGAGGUAGCAUGGGCCUCGGAGCUUAAGCCCACAGUGCCGCCCAUCUUCACCGGCCGACCCUUUGUGGUAGCAUGGAAUGUACCCACACAAGAAUGUGCCCCGCGCCACAAAGUGCCCCUGGACCUUAGGGCCUUCGAUGUGGAGGCUACACCUAACGAGGGUUUUUUCAACCAGAAUAUCACCACCUUCUACUAUGACCGUCUAGGCCUGUAUCCACGUUUUGAUGCAGCUGGGAUGUCUGUGCAUGGUGGCGUGCCUCAGAACGGUAGCCUCUGUGCACACCUGCCCAUGCUGAAGGAAGCUGUGGAACGCUACAUUCAGACCCAGGAGCCUGCGGGGCUGGCGGUCAUUGACUGGGAGGAAUGGCGACCAGUGUGGGUUCGAAACUGGCAGGAGAAAGAUGUGUACCGGCAGUCUUCACGCCAGCUGGUGGCCAGUCGACACCCUGACUGGCCAUCAGACCGAAUAGUGAAGCAGGCGCAGUACGAAUUCGAGUUCGCUGCUCGGCAGUUCAUGUUGAACACACUCCGUUACGUCAAGGCAGUCAGACCUCAGCACCUGUGGGGCUUCUACCUCUUUCCUGACUGCUAUAAUCAUGAUUACGUACAGAACUGGGAUAGCUACACAGGCCGCUGUCCUGACGUGGAGGUGGCACGAAAUGACCAGUUGGCCUGGCUCUGGGCUGAGAGUACAGCUCUCUUUCCCUCCGUGUACCUGGACGAGACGCUGGCAUCCUCCAAACACAGCCGCAACUUUGUCAGCUUCCGUGUUCAGGAGGCCCUUCGUGUGGCUCACACCCACCAUGCAAACCAUGCACUCCCCGUGUAUGUCUUCACGCGUCCCACAUAUACCCGAGGGCUCACAGAACUUAGCCAGAUGGACCUCAUCUCUACCAUCGGUGAGAGCGCCGCCCUGGGCUCAGCUGGUGUUAUCUUCUGGGGCGACUCAGUGUACGCUUCAAGUAUGGAGAACUGCCAGAACCUCAAGAAGUACCUAACGCAGACGCUGGUCCCCUACAUAGUCAAUGUGUCCUGGGCCACCCAGUACUGCAGUUGGACCCAGUGCCAUGGCCAUGGGCGCUGUGUGCGCCGCAAUCCCAGCGCCAGUACCUUCUUGCACCUCAGUCCCAGCAGCUUCCGCCUGGUGCCUGGCCGCACGCCCAGUGAACCCCAGCUUCGACCUGAGGGGGAGCUCAGCGAAGAUGACCUCAGCUACCUGCAGAUGCACUUUCGCUGCCACUGCUAUCUGGGCUGGGGUGGUGAGCAGUGCCAGUGGAACCAUAAACGGGCAGCUGGGGAUGCCAGUAGAGCCUGGGCUGGAGCCCACCUCGCCAGUCUCCUGGGUUUGGUAGCUAUGACUCUCACCUGGACCUUAUAAGGGAUCUCUCCCCGCAGAUAGCAGUCCAGCUGGCCUCUGGCACAAGGAUCUCCUUGGCACAAGGAGCCUGUUAGGGGGUAGGCAAAUGAGUCUGGAGUUGGAGUGGGCAGUACCCCCAGGAUGCCUAGAAGAGCAUCCAUACCACCUGUCACCCCCCUGUUCUAAGGGGGAGAGAAACAUCCCCUGAGAUGCCCUCAUCUUGCCAGAGAAGACGAGGAUACAGCUAGGCCGGGGAAGGCCUACCUCUACUCUCUGUUCCUGGAUAGUUUAUAAUCUUGGGGUCUCUUUUGUAAAUUAAAUACAAAACAACUGCG